CUGGGAGCGAAAAAUCCGGGAUCCGGCAACUUUGGGCAGCGCAUGCGCACCCGCGGCGCUCCAUCCCAAACACACACACAUUUUUCCCCCGGACUUGGAAAGUCACCCAAAGCCGCCCCAAGUGCAGACAGACAGACUUCGCUGACUGAAGGCAAAGACCCUCUCCACCCCACCUGCCCUUCCAGCUGUCACGGCCAUCAACCCCUCCUGUAGAAGGAGGUCCUGCAGCUCCAGUGGUCUGCGUUGGAAUGGACUUUGGACCCCGGCCUCUUGGGAUGCAAAGGCAGGUGACUUGGAGUUUCCGUGCUGGAAGAUAUACUCCUCGAGAUCAGCACUGAGUCGUGCUCAACAUUCCACGGGCCCAGGAGAGGAUGAAGUAACGCCUCUGCUGCAAGAGAGGAGCCUCUAGGACCCGCUACGAGAGUUUGGGACCAAAGAGAGGAGAAUGGAUCUUGGUACAGCUGAAGGCUCCCGGUGCACCGACCCGCCCGCAGGCAAGCCCUCGAUGGCGGCCAAGCGCAAAGGUGGCCUGAAGCUCAAUGCCAUCUGCGCCAAGCUGAGCCGUCAGGUUGUGGUGGAGAAGGGAGCGGAGACUGGCCCCCACACUGAGGGCAGCCCACUUCGGCCCCGGGACAAAGAGCGCAGUGGCCCCGAGCUGGGGGGGACCCGGGCCCCCCGAAGCGAGGAAGACAAGAGGCGGGCGGUGAUCGAGAAGUGGGUCAACGGGGAGUACAGUGAGGAGCCGGCACCCACGUCUGUGUUGGGGCGGAUUGCCCGAGAGGGCCUGGAGCUGCCGCCUGAGGGCGUCUACAUGGUGCAGCCCCAGGGCUGCAGCGAUGAGGAAGACCCCAGUGAAGAGCCCUCCAAGGACGGCAGUGUCGUAGUGGAGAAGGACUCAGACGGAGCAGCCUCCAAGGAUGACAGUGGCCCCAGUGCCAAGCAGGCUUCAGGAGAGGCCUCCUCGCUGCGAGACUACGCGGCCUCCACCAUGACCGAGUUCCUUGGUAUGUUUGGCUACGAUGACCAGAACACGAGGGAUGAGCUGGCUAGGAAGAUCAGCUUUGAGAAGCUGCAUGCAGGCUCCACACCUGAGGUGGCCACCUCCUCCAUGCUGCCCACCUCUGAGGACGCCCUCAGCAAGCGGGCGCGUUUCUCCAAGUACGAGGAAUACAUCCGCAAGCUCAAGGCCGGCGAGCAACUCUCCUGGCCGGCCCAUGGCACCAAAGCCGAGGAGCGGGCAGGCAAGGAGGUGGUGGGUCCCCUGCCUGGCCUGCGGCUGCCCAGCAGCACAACACACCUGGAGACCAAGGCCACCAUCCUGCCCCUGCCAUCACACAGCAGCGUCCCCAUGCAGGGCCUGGUGGCCCGUGCCUCUAAGUAUGACUUCUUCAUCCAGAAACUGAAGACAGGCGAGAACCUGCGUCCCCAGAACGGGAGCACUUACAAGAAGCCAUCCAAGUAUGACCUGGAGAAUGUCAAGUACCUGCACCUCUUCAAACCUGGGGAGGGCAGCCCUGACAUGGGCGGGGCCAUCGCCUUCAAGACAGGCAAGGUGGGGCGCCCCUCCAAGUACGAUGUCCGGGCCAUCCAGAAGCCGGGCCCUGCCAAGGUUCCGCCCACCCCCAGCCUGGCUCCUGCACCCCUCACCAGCGUGCCCAGUGCUCCCAGCGCCCCCGGGCCAGGCCCUGAGCCAACUGCCUCCCUGCCCUUCAACACUCCCGAGUACCUGAAGUCGACUUUCUCCAAAACAGACUCCAUCACCACGGGGACCGUCUCCAGUGUCAAGAAUGGAUUGCCCACAGAUAAACCAGCUGUCACCGAAGAUGUAAACAUUUACCAGAAGUAUAUUGCCAGGUUCUCGGGCAGUCAGCACUGUGGCCACAUCCACUGCGCCUACCAGUACCGCGAGCACUACCACUGCCUCGACCCUGAGUGCAACUACCAGAGGUUCACGAGUAAGCAGGAUGUGAUCCGGCACUACAACAUGCACAAGAAGCGUGACAACUCCCUGCAGCACGGCUUCAUGCGCUUCAGCCCACUGGACGACUGCAGCGUCUACUACCACGGCUGCCACCUCAAUGGGAAGAGCACCCACUACCACUGCAUGCAGGUGGGCUGUAACAAGGUGUACACGAGCACGUCAGACGUGAUGACCCAUGAGAACUUCCACAAGAAGAACACGCAGCUCAUCAACGACGGCUUCCAGCGGUUCCGUGCCACCGAGGACUGCGGCACAGCUGACUGCCAGUUCUACGGGCAGAAGACCACGCACUUCCACUGCAGGCGCCCCGGCUGCACAUUCACCUUCAAGAACAAGUGUGACAUUGAGAAGCACAAGAGCUACCACAUCAAGGACGACGCCUACGCCAAGGACGGCUUCAAGAAGUUCUACAAGUACGAGGAGUGCAAGUACGAGGGCUGCGUGUACAGCAAGGCCACCAACCACUUCCACUGCAUCCGUGCCGGCUGCGGCUUCACCUUCACCUCCACCAGCCAGAUGACCUCGCACAAGCGCAAGCACGAGCGGCGCCACAUCCGCUCCUCGGGCGUGCUGGGGCUGCCACCCUCGCUGCUGGGCACCAAGGACACAGAGCACGAGGAGUCGAGCAAUGAUGACCUGGUCGACUUCUCUGCCCUGAGCAGCAAGAACUCCAGCCUGAGCGCCUCCCCCACCAGCCAGCAGUCCUCCGCCUCCCUGGCUGCGGCCACCGCCACCGCCACCGCCGAGGCUGUGCCCAGUGCCACCAAACCUCCCAACAGCAAAAUCUCCGGGCUCCUGUCCCAGGGCCUGCCCGGCUCCAUCCCCCUGGCGCUGGCCCUCUCCAACUCAGGCCUGCCCAGCGCUGCACCCUACUUCCCCAUCCUUCCAGGCCGAGGGAGCGCCUCCCUGUCUGUGGGCACCCCCAGCCUCAUGGGGGCUAUGUCAUCUGGGGCAGCAGCCUCGGCAACCCCUGACAUGCCCGCUCUGGCUGCCUCGGGAGCUGGUGACUCGGCCCCAGCAGCUGCUGCCUCUGUCCCGGUGCCCCCAGCCUCCAUCAUGGAGAGGAUCUCUGCGAGCAAGGGCCUCAUCUCGCCCAUGAUGGCCAGGCUAGCCGCAGCCGCCCUCAAGCCUUCUGCCACCUUUGAUGCAGGUGAGCAGGCUGGGCCCUGCGCAGGAAGCCAGCACUCAUGGACCCGGGAGCUCCCUGGCCUCAGGUUGCAGAGCACAGCGGGGAUAUUUGGAAGAGGAAACGGGCAGCAGGCCACCCCCGCCAGGUUUCCCCCGGUCCCCGUGCAGCAGGAGCCCGGUGAGAACGCUGGCGCCCCAGGUCCCCAGGAGGCCUCCCAGGACCGCAGUUUAGACCUGACUGUGAAGGAGCCCAGUAAUGAAUCAAAUGGCCACGCAGUCCCAGCAAAUUCAUCUCUUUUAUCCUCGCUUAUGAAUAAGAUGUCUCAGGGCAACCCCAACCUCGGCAGCCUGCUGAACAUCAAGACGGAAGCAGAGGGGAGCCCCGCCGUGGAGUCCUCACCCUUCUUAGGCAAGGCUGUGAAGGCGCUCGUUCAGGAGAAGCUGUCAGAGCCCUGGAAGGUGUACCUUCGCAGGUUUGGUACCAAGGACUUCUGUGAUGCCCAGUGUGACUUCCUUCACAAGGCUCACUUCCACUGUGUGGUGGAGGAGUGUGGCGCGCUUUUCAGCACCCUGGACGGGGCCAUCAAGCACGCCAACUUCCACUUCCGGACGGAGGGAGGAGCAGUGAAAGGAAACUCAGAGGCUUCCUUCCCUGCCUCGGCCGCUGAGACCAAACCUUCCUUGGCCCCCUCGUCCCCUCCAGCACCUCCAGUCACCACGGCCACUGUUUCCUCUCUGGAGGGGCCCACUCCCAGCCUGGCCACCGUGCCCUCCACCCCAACCCUGCUCGCCUGGAAGCAGCUGGCUUCCACCAUACCCCAGAUGCCUCAGAUUCCAGCAUCAGUGCCUCACCUGCCCACCUCGCCCUUGGCAACGACUUCUCUAGAAAACGCCAAGCCCCAGGUCAAACCCGGAUUCCUCCAGUUCCAGGAGAACGAUCCUUGCCUCACAACGGACUGCAAGUAUGCCAACAAGUUCCACUUCCACUGUCUCUUUGGGAACUGCAAGUACGUCUGCAAAACUUCUGGCAAGGCCGAGUCCCACUGCCUGGACCACAUCAACCCCAACAACAACCUGGUGAACGUGCGAGACCAGUUUGCUUACUACUCCCUUCAGUGUCUCUGUCCCAACCAGCACUGCGAGUUCCGGAUGCGCGGGCACUACCACUGUCUCCGGACUGGCUGCUACUUUGUGACCAACAUCACCACCAAGCUGCCGUGGCACGUAAAGAAGCAUGAGAAAGCUGAGCGGCGGGCAGCCAACGGGUUCAAGUACUUUACGAAGCGUGAGGAGUGCGGCAGGCUAGGCUGCAAGUACAACCAGGUGAAUAGCCACUUCCACUGCAUCCGGGAGGGCUGCCAGUUCUCCUUCCUCCUCAAGCACCAGAUGACCUCCCACGCCCGGAAACACAUGCGGAGGAUGCUGGGGAAGAACUUCGAUCGCGUGCCACCCUCCCAGGGCCCCGCGAGCCUGAUGGACACUGAGACAGAUGAGUACAUGGAUUACACUGGCUGCAGCCCAGGUGCCAUGUCCUCCGAGUCGUCCACCAUGGACCGAAGCUGCUCCAGCACCCCUGUGGGCAACGAGAGCACCGCAGCAGGCUGCCAGGCUCCUCCUCCUCCUCUUCCUCCUCCUCCUGCUGCCGCUGGUGACGAGGCUGCCUGCGUGGCUCCGCAGCCCCCACUGACCCCAUCCUUCUCACCGGCUGUGCUCCGGGCACCCCUCCCAUCCCUCCCAUGUCUCUUCUCUCCGCCCUGUCUCUCAUACUCUCUGCUCAGUGCCACUCUCGGAGCCACCCGGGGCCUGGCCCACCCCAUCAGCAGCCCGCCCAGCUUCCCGCCUGUCACUGCCACUCCAACUCCAGUAAAAAGUGAUGUCCCCCUAGUUCAGGACGCCGCAGGGAACACCAUCUCCAUGCCGACAGCCUCAGGGGCCAAAAAGCGCUUCUGGAUCAUUGAGGACAUGUCACCGUUUGGCAAGCGGCGCAAGACGGCCUCCUCUCGCAAGAUGCUGGACGAGGGCAUGAUGCUGGAGGGCUUCCAGCGCUUCGACCUCUAUGAGGACUGCAAGGACGCGGCCUGCCAGUUCUCGCUCAAGGUCACCCACUACCACUGCACGCGCGAGAACUGCGGCUACAAGUUCUGCGGGCGCACGCACAUGUACAAGCACGCGCAGCACCACGACCGCGUGGACAACCUCGUGCUGGACGACUUCAAGCGCUUCAAGGCCUCGCUCAGCUGCCACUUCGCCGACUGCCCCUUCUCGGGCACCAGCACGCACUUCCACUGCCUGCGCUGCCGCUUCCGCUGCACCGACAGCACCAAGGUCACCGCGCACCGCAAGCACCACGGCAAGCAGGACGUGAUCAGCGCCGCGGGCUUCUGCCAGUUCAGCUCCAGCGCCGACUGCGCCGUGCCCGACUGCAAGUACAAGCUCAAGUGCUCGCACUUCCACUGCACCUACCCGGGCUGCCGCCACACGGUCGUGGGCAUGUCGCAGAUGGACUCGCACAAGCGCAAGCACGAGAAGCAGGAGCGCGGCGAGCCGCCCGCCGCCUCGCCCGGCCCGGCCGUCAGCCUGGACGGCUCGCUGUCGCUGGGCGCCGAGCCGGGCGGCUCCUUGCUCUUCCUGCAGACGGCCGCGGCCGGCCUGGGCCUGGGGCUGGGCGACGCGGGCGACCCCGGCCCGCCCGACGCCCCCGGGGCCCGCGACGGCCCCGCUGCGCCCGCUCCCGCGCCCGCACCCGCGCUCGGCCCCGCGGCCGGGGAGUCGUCGCAGGAGGACGAGGAGGAGGAGCUGGAGCUGAACGAGGAGGAGGCGGACGACGACGACGACGAGGACGACGACGAGGAGGAUGACGACGAGGACGAGGACGACGACGAGGACCUGCGCACCGACUCAGAGGAGUCGCUGCCCGAGGCGGCGGCGGGCCCGGGGGCGCGGAGCCCGGAGCUGGCGGCCCUGGGUGCCCCCGCGCCCCCCGCGCCCGCCGCCGCCUCGCCCUGACCCCGGGCCGGCCGCCGAGGGGAGGGGGCGGCGCCCCGCUGCCCGGGAUCCUGCCUCUCGAUUCUCUUGUUGUUGUUGUUAAUUUUGUAAGAAAUGGUAUUUAUAUGUAAAGCUUCCCUCUGUACAGAGCUAGGUGUUCGUCGUGGUUCAGCGUCGGGAGGCGCUCCGGCUCUGGGCUCCCCCGCCGCCGGGUGGGCCCGCGGCCCCGCCGGUGCUUCCGGACCCCGAGUCCGUCUCAGGACAGAGGCGGGGGGGCCCCCCUCUGGUGCUCCGGGGCCGCCCUGCGCCCGCCCGCCCGCAGCUUAGCGGCUGGAAGGACAGAGGCUGCCGAACGACCCUUUCCUAGCUGCAGUUGGGGGGUCUUCUUCAGGGAAAUUGAAGGUGCUCUUGUCCGGGGUGGGGACGGGGAGCAGGGGUCCCCGAGGGCGAGGCGGGCGCAGACACCGGGCAGCUGCCCCAAGCGCCCCUCGCCGCGGCCGGAUCCCGGGCCCCACGACCACGCCGGUGGGAUUCCUCAUUGCUCAGGACUGGGACGGGCGCAGGCGGGUCACGGCGACCCCCGCCCCUAACCACCAGAGGCGGGCCGGCACCUGUAGCAUCUGGCGGGCCUCCCACUCAUGCAGCUAAGACCCUCCCUCCUCGCCUGGGGGGAGGGGCGGGGCAGCGGGCGUCAGCACGGGUGACACUACAGGGACCGCGGAGGAAACCUCAUGGAAUUAGCAGAGCCUGGAGCUCCGGUCACUCUGCCCCUGCUGCAGGCUGGCCGGGUACCUGUUCCCGCGGGCUGGAGCCCAGGAGGGCGCACCUCGGCCUGCCUGGUGCCUCCCAGAGCCCAGCCUCGCCCGGUGAAAGGGGGGCUCGGUUCCUCACAAACGGAAGAGCAGCCAGCGCCGGGGUGCUGGGCCCGCAGGGGGUCUCAGCCACCCAGGUGGUGGGAACGGAAAGAUGCGACUGUUUGGGGCUUUAAUAUUCAAAAUGGAAAAAAAUGCGAGAAAGUUGUACAGUAUUUUUCCUGUGAAGGUUAUUAUUCUACAUAGAACAAAAAGGAAAAACAGCAGGCGGGCAGCGAGCGCCCAGACCCGCCUCCGGACCAGCCCUGAGGUUGGAGACCCAGUGCAAUUGCUCACGUGGGCGUGUUUAGCAUUCAGUGUAGAGGCCUUGCCCCUUUGAGGCUGGCUGUCUUUACACUAGCACUGAUGGGAGCUGCGUGAUUCCAACUUUUAACUUGAAUUUUGUAGAGACAAGAAAAAAGGACUAUUACUGUUGAUACAAGUUUGUAGUUAAUUUAACAUUUGAGUUUUUCUCUAUUGGUUAUGCGUGUGGCUUUAUAGGGCUUUUUUUUUUCCAGUUUGUUUUAUUAUUUUGUUUGGGAUGCUUCUUUACUAGUGCAACCCACCCAGAUUUGGUUCCCUUUUCAAAACAUCCCCCCUUCCUGGAGACGAUGAGGUCACUGAAGCCUAGAUGGGGGACACCUGGCAGGCACAUGCCCGGCCAGUGGCUCUGAGGGUGACAGGGACUAAGGGCAGGCUGCCCAACGCUUCUCCUAUUCGCCUUCUCCCCACUCCAGGCUACUAGCCCGUCUCAGGUUGGACCCUGAGAUGCGGCCACAGGGAGAGAGCAAGGCCCAGCCUGGCGGAGAGACAGACCGUCACCUGGAGCCACCUCCCCGCAGAUCUCCGUGGGGAGCCCGACCCCACCCGACCCGCCUGGGGGACAGUGGUUUACUUUUUCUUUUUUCUUUCUUUUUUUUUUGUCCUCUUGGCUGCCCACAGCCAGAAAGCCAGGACCAUCUGAACUGGAGAGGGAGCAGGGAGGGAGGAGUGGUCAGACGGAGUGUACCUGAUUCAACAGGAAACCAGUCGAUUUCUAAAACAGCCCCUGCCAGAGCCUCCCGAACUCUGCGGGCACCACGUGCUGCUGCUGUGCACGCGCCCAGACUCCGUGCCCUCCGCGAACCGCUGAGUCUGUGCAAGGAGUUUUGUAAAGGAAAAAAAACAUUUUUCAAUGUAGCAAAAUCAAACAAAAAAAAGAAAAAAAGAAGACGCCUACAGUGCGAAGUCUAGCCUUUUGUAACCUUCAUAUUGCACACUAGGACUAUAAGCCAUUGCUAGCUCAUUUUGAAUUUUAAUGUGUAAUUUUUUGUUUUAUUUUCUUUCUGUGGGGAAAACAAUGCUUGAUCCACCAAUGCUCUUUUUAAUGUUUUAUAACUAUGUAUGUGUAUAUAUAUAAAUAUAAAAUAAUAUGUAUGCACAUAUGUGUGUGUAUAUAUCUAUAUGUAUAUACAUAUAUAGAUAUAUAGAGAUAUAUAGAGAGGUUUUGAGACAAAAAAAUGCAGAACGUGAGAACCGGACUGAACAGCGUGCGCUCUGAUUACUUGAAUCUGGUCUCCUCGGCACCUGGUUAUUAAGAACUGAAUAUUUUUCCACUUGAAUUUAGUGCUAUUAGAAAUUUAAUAUAUGUGUUUUAUUUAUUUGAUUUUUUUUUUUGCAUGACUGAUGCAAGGUUUGACAUUUUCACUCAAUAAAAACUGGAAAAAAAUCUA